GGGCCUCCGGAACAGCGCGGCAGGGUCACCUCAGCUUGGCCAGCAGGGGUCAUGGCGGGCUUGGUGGACUUUCAGGAUGAGGAGCAAGUGAAGUCCUUUUUGGAGAACAUGGAGGUGGAGUGCAACUACCAGUGCUACCGCGAGAACGACCCAGACGGUUGCUACCGAUUGGUGGACUACCUGGAAGGAAUCCAGAAGAACUUCGAGGAGGCUGCCAAGGUGCUGAAGUUCAACUGUGAAAAGAACAAGCACAGCGACAGCUGCUACAAGUUGGGGGGCUAUUAUGUCACUGGAAAAGGGGGUCUGCCCCAGGACCUGAAAGCUGCGUCCAGUUGCUUUCUGAUGUCCUGUGAGAAUCCCGGUAAGAAGUCUGUGGAGUCAUGUCACAACGUGGGUCUCCUGGCGCAUGAUGGACAGGUCAAUGAAGGCGGCCAGCCCGAUCUGAGGAAGGCCAGGGACUACUACACCAGGGCCUGUGACGGCAACUAUGCCUCCAGCUGCUUCAACCUCAGCACCAUGUUCCUGCAGGGUUCCCCUGACAUUCCCAAAGACAUGGGCCGGGCAUGUCAGUACUCUGUGAAAGCCUGUGACCUGGGCCAUAUUUGGGCCUGUGCCAAUGCCAGCCGCAUGUUCCGGCUCGGGGAUGGUGUCCAGAAGGACGAAGCCAAGGCUGAGGAGCUGAAAAAUCGGGCCCAGCAGCUGCACAAAGAACAGCAGAAAAGUGUCUCGCCCAUCAAGUUUGGGUAGCGUGCUCUCCCGCCUGUCCCCCAGCCCCCAGCUCCUGACCUUGAGGUUAAUGUGCCGCUGGAGCAGGAGGAAUUGGGACUUGAGUAGCUCAGGUGACAUAGACGCAUUGUCCCAGAGGGACGGCUGCAACUCCUGGGAUGUAGGCUGAAAUAUUUAUGUCCGUCGGUACUUUUGUGUUCUGUGAAGACACCCAUGUUUAGUGGGUCGUAGUUUUUAAACUCUUGACAGUUCUGAGCAGAACAACAAGCUAAAGAGCCAUAGAGAGUGUGGGUCAGCAGGGGGACAACGAGCAGGAGCCAGGAGAGUGAACAGCUCUAAGGACCUCACAGCCACCACCACCACCACCAUCAUCGUCGUGCUUAGGAGGGCUUGAAAGUCAGAGUAUCUUGACUUACAUAAUAGAGGAUUUAAGUUGCUAAGAACAGUUAACUAGUCACGACUGCCACCCUCUGACUUAUAUAAUCCUUGGUGUGGGCUUUCUCUGUGCCUUUGGAGUCAGCUGUUCUAGUACAGUCAUAGAGCCCUUCAGGAAGACCAUCAGACGUAAAAUUAAAGGUCCCUGACCUCCAGGGCUGCUCAAGAAGAUGCAGCAUAAGCCUUGGGAGUGGAAACAUCCAGUUAAAAAAUAAGCAUCCACCGGCCACUCCCCUGGCUCUACAAGCAAGGGCUCUAUGACACGUCUUUGCCUCUCAGAACUGGACCUUUUUACCUGCCCUGCAAAUAAACUAUUUUGAUUGAUUAAUAAUCUGUGUCGCUGGUAUUCUCUCCAGAUUCUGGGUAAGACGAGAUCAUAGUUCUUCCUUUUCUUAUCUCCCCAGUUUAUCACCAGGGGGCGAGCUUGACAUUCCCUUUAUUUUUGUCACCACCUACUAUUUUGAGGCCUCCAGUUUUCAGUGGACCUGAAGGCUUGCUCUGUGAAUGCAGGUUUGUGACCUUCAUCAGGCCACCAGCUUCUCAGGUUGGGAAGAGACUUUUUCCCGGAGAAGACAUUGCGGAAUGUGAGUUUAUUGCUAAAAUGCGAAGUAGCUUUUGUUGUGUUUAAAAGAAGCUGUAGACCAACAAAGUUGAAAAGAUGCUCAGCAUCAGUAGUCAUUAGGAAAAUGCCACUCCCAAACACAGAGACAGUUCCCUGUGUCCAGAAAGACGAAGCCAAGACCUUGGAUUAUUGUCUGCUAGGAUUACUGUCAAAACAACAAAACGCAGGGCUGGAGUGAUAGCA